GCGCGCGGCGCUGGCCGGGGCGGCGGCGGAGGAGGAGGAGGAGAAAGGCGGCGGUGGCGGCGGCGAAAGAGGAGGGGAGGACGGGGGCGGCAUCGGACUGGAGCCGAGCGGCGGCGCGAGCUGCCCGGGGCGCAGUCGUGAGCUCGCCCGCCGGGCUCCCACCCCCGAGCUACACCCUGCCGUGCCCAGCUCUGCCCGCGUCCGUGCCCCCGCGGGGAGCGCGCCGGGGCUGCCCCCCGAAUGACGGGCGGAAGGUUCGACUUCGACGAUGGCGGCACCUACUGCGGCGGCUGGGAGGAGGGCAAGGCGCACGGGCAUGGCAUCUGCACGGGGCCCAAGGGCCAGGGCGAGUACUCGGGCUCCUGGUCGCACGGCUUCGAGGUGGUCGGAGGCUACACCUGGCCCAGCGGCAACACCUACCAGGGCUACUGGGCUCAGGGCAAGCGGCACGGGCUGGGGGUGGAAACGAAGGGCAAGUGGAUGUACCGGGGGGAGUGGUCACAUGGUUUCAAGGGGCGCUACGGGGUCCGGCAGAGCCUGUGCACCCCCGCUCGCUACGAGGGUACCUGGAGUAACGGGCUGCAGGACGGGUACGGCGUGGAGACCUACGGGGACGGAGGUACCUACCAAGGCCAGUGGGCCGGAGGCAUGCGGCAUGGCUACGGUGUGCGCCAGAGCGUGCCCUAUGGCAUGGCCACGGUGAUCCGCUCGCCCCUGCGCACCUCGCUGGCCUCGCUGCGCAGCGAGCAAAGCAAUGGCAGCGUGCUCCACGACGCCGCGGCCGCAGCUGACAGCCCGGCUGGCACCCGCGGAGGCUUCGUGCUCAACUUCCAUGCUGACGCCGAGCUUGCCGGCAAGAAGAAGGGCGGCCUCUUCCGCAGGGGCUCCCUUCUCGGAAGCAUGAAACUUCGCAAGUCCGAAUCCAAGUCUUCCAUCUCCAGCAAGCGGAGCUCAGUCCGCAGCGACGCAGCCAUGAGCAGAAUUAGUUCCAGCGAUGCCAACUCCACCAUCAGCUUCGGCGACGUCGAUUGUGAUUUUUGCCCCGUGGAAGACCACGUGGACGCCACCACCACUGAAACCUACAUGGGCGAGUGGAAGAACGACAAGCGCAAUGGUUUCGGCAUCAGCGAGCGCUCCAACGGCAUGAAGUAUGAAGGCGAGUGGGCGAAUAACAAGAGGCAUGGAUAUGGCUGUACCGUGUUUCCUGAUGGCUCCAAAGAAGAGGGAAAAUACAAAAAUAAUAUUCUGGUCCGUGGAAUAAGGAAGCAGCUUAUACCAAUAAGAAAUACAAAAACUAGGGAGAAGGUGGACAGAGCAAUAGAAGGCGCGCAAAGGGCAGCCGCCAUGGCAAGAACCAAAGUGGAAAUAGCAAAUUCAAGGACUGCACAUGCAAGAGCGAAAGCCGACGCUGCUGACCAGGCUGCGCUGGCCGCCCGCCAGGAGUGUGACAUCGCGAGAGCUGUAGCCAGGGAGCUGUCACCUGAUUUCUACCAACCAGGCCCUGAUUACAUCAAACAAAGAUUUCAGGAAGGUGUAGAUGCUAAAGAAAAUCCAGAAGAAAAGUUACCGGAAAAGCCACCUACCCCAAAGGAAUCUCCUCAUUUUUAUCGCAAAGGCACGACACCCCCCGGGUCUCCAGAGGCAAGUCCCAAACAGAGCCACUCUCCCCAACCUUCCUCCCCAAAGUCCAUGAAGAAGCAAAACCCCAGCUCCGGGGCCAGACUCAAUCAAGAUAAAAGGAGUAUGGCUGACGAGCAGGUGACAGCUGUCGUCAAUAAGCCCUUGAUGUCAAAGGCUCCCUCAAAGGAGGUCGGAGCCAUCGUGCCCCAGUCCAAGUACUCUGGCCGCCACCACAUCCCCAACCCCAGUAACGGGGAGCUGCAUUCUCAGUAUCACGGCUACUAUGUGAAACUGAAUGCCCCCCAGCACCCUCCAGAACAUGUGGAGGACGAUGAUGGAGCAAGCCAGUCUUCCUCAGCACUGGUGCACAAGCCAUCGCCCAACAAGUGGAGUCCCCCCAAACCUGUGACAAAACCAGUUGCCAAAGAAAGCAAAGCUGAGCCAAAAGCUAAGAAGUCUGAACUUGCUAUACCAAAGAAUCCAGCAAGCAACGAUUCGUGCCCUUUGGAAAAAGAAGCCAAUUCAGGUCCUAAUUCAGUCAUGAUUGUCCUUGUCAUGCUGUUGAAUAUCGGGUUGGCCAUUCUUUUUGUUCACUUUCUAACUUGAUUGGAAUUAGGAAAGUAGGGAGCUGGGGAAACGACUGCCCGAGGAAUGCGGUCGGAGGAUUGUGUUGCUGUGGACGAGGUUCCAACAUUCACUCCUAUCUCAUUAGAAGAAAUAGGUAGCAGCAUCACUCACCAGUCUUAUGCCAUGACCUGCUGCUUUAACAUCUCCUGGAAUGUUCUGGGAGAGAACGUUUCGUUUGCUUGUGCACGACUCUGCUCAUUUUUGCUGUUUAUUUAAAUAUGAUGUACAGUCACCUACCACCUGCGGUCCUGGCUGGACGGAACACACAUGUUGCAUCUCAAGGAAAAGAAACGACAAAAUGCUAGUGGAAAAUGUGUUUAUUUUGAUAGCAAUACAUCAUUUUUUAUGUCAUUUAUUCUUCUGAAACCUAUAAAAGGCUAUUUAUCUUUAAAAUUUAGCAAUCUGAAGGCAUUAUACCUUCCAAAGAAAUAAUUUAAAUAUUUUUAACAUUACUAAGAUAAAUUAUUUAUGCACUUAGGAGGUGCUAAAUUUUAAGAGCUGAAAGACAACAGAAUUCUAAGAAGUAUAGUCAAAAUGUUGCAUGGAUUGCAGUAUUCAGUGUUUAAAGGAUUCAGUUUCAUUGCUGACGUACUUUACAACCAAAUAAAAUCUUGUCAGUGGCUAUGUUAAUUCCCAUGAAAGUUAAGCAAGAUGCUAUUAAUAACUGCUCUUCUCUCUUUUUUUUUCCAACUUAAUUUUUUGUUGAAUACAUUCAGGUAGAGCAUAAAACCUUGUUAAAAAUCACUGCUUCUCAAUUUUCUGCCUUUUGUGUUUUUCAAAAGUCCUUUUGUAAUUUCAUUUCAAAUGUUAAAGAGUUAAGACAUUUUUAUUUUAAAUAUUUGUCUUUUGCAGUCCUUUGUUAUUCUGACAUACUCUGAUUUUUUUGCUGUUUUAUAAUUUAUCCUUUAUUACUCAAGCAUGCUUAGAGAACCUACAUAGUCUUUAUAAAAGUAAUUAUUAAAAAAAGAAAUCAGGGGAGGAAAGGUAUGUUAAAUCUCUUUAAGACAUUAAGUUUGGAGGGGGAGCACUUUGUAAAGACUUUCAUGAUUUGCAUGGCUUAAUCAGAUUCUUUUUACCUUACUAGCUACCUUCUCAGUGCAGAAGAGACAGUUCACGUAGUUCCCACAGUAGCACAGGUGUGGGCUGCAUGCUUUGUCACCUGCAGGGUAGUAACCCAGUGGUGUUUUUUGCAGAAGUACAAUAUGUUGAGACUCCUGGGUGUGACCAAUAUGGAAUAAAGAAGAAGGCAGAAAGAGAGCAAAUGAAAAAUUACAACUUGUAUAUUUAUUUUUUACAUUUUGCUUUGACUUUUCAAUUUAGGAAAGUACGUUUUUACCCAAGAACAAACGUUUAAGUUUCCUGUGUCGGUCUCAGCACUCACUGCUCCUUCCUAACCCUGUAGCUCCUUUAUGCUGGGAAAGCUGAUUUUUUUAAGAAAAUAAAAUAUUUAAUCUUAUUAAGUGUUUAUUUAAAACGUGUAAUGCUUUGGAGAUAAUGGGUAACAGAUAACUAAAGGAUAUGUUUAUAAAGUGAGCAUGUUUGUUCCAUUUAUAAAUAUAUGUAUGAUUUAUAAGCUUUUUUAAAACAAAGCUCAAAUUGUUGGUAUUUUUCUAAAAUGUGCCCAGCUGUAUUUUACAUGAAGGCUCUUUCUAAUGGGUUGUUAUACUGUACUCUACAUUUUGGACAGCACAUGAAGUCUGCCAAUGUACUUAAUAAAACAUGACUUUGUUUAUUUAAAAAGUUUCUUGCUGUGAAAAAGAACUCCCUACCUGUGAGUUCCUUUAUUUAUAAUCCUUGAAACCAAAAUGUAUAAUGUACAGUUUUCACAACUGUAUCAGCUCUAAUAAAAAGAAAUUGGUUAUUAAUAAAGUUGGAGGUGUGUUUCCUUUGUGAGUACA